UUUAUAAAGCCCUAUGGCUUUGGACGAUAUCAUGAGUAAAGAUAGCAUUUAUUCAGCGCUUCCGGGAAAGAACGCGAUCAGGCUGCUACAAAUCGAACCUGGAGAGGUGGAGGACCCCAUUAUUUGCUCCCUUGAGGUGUACAGUUGUCUUGAUGCUGCGCCCAGCUAUGAGGCGUUAUCGUAUGUUUGGGGCAGGCCAGAUCCCACCGCCUACAUCAUCUGUAAUGGCUCUCAGGUUUCAGUCACGCAAAAUCUACGCGACGCACUCCUGCGCUUACGUUCUCGGCAGUGGAAUUCAAACCAAUUGCAUGGACCAAGCUCACUCAGCAACAAGACUCUGUCGGACGUGUCAAAUGAGAGCAUCUCCAGGGGACGCCUGUGGAUUGACGCGCUGUGCAUAAAUCAACAUGACAGCAUCGAACGAGGACAUCAGGUUGGGAUGAUGGGCAACAUCUUCAGCAAAGCCAAGUGCGUCAUCAUCUGGCUAGGGACCCAAGAUUUCUUCAUGCCAGCAGCAGCAGACUUGCUCUCUCGCCUAGCAGCUCUUGGGCCCGUCCAGCGUAAGCUCCGACACGGAACUGUUUACGGGUAUUGGGAUCACAAGCUCUCCAGGGAAGAAAUCAAAGGGUUUCCAGACAGAGACUCGCCGGAAUGGAGGCCUCUACGCGAUCUUUUUCUCGUGCAAUGGUUCACAAGGCUGUGGGUGCUUCAAGAGUUCGCGCUCGCUGCAGACGUUCGCAUGUACAUUGGACGCUAUCGUCUCAACCAGCAUGUUUUCGAAGCAGCUGUGUGCAACUUCAGCCGCAUCAAGUUUUUCGAUGUUCUAGACGACAAAUCGCAGAAGGCGUUUUGGGCGAUUGACGACAUGUUUCGAAAGGAUCAUGUAUGGCGAAUUAGAACGGGCAAAAAGCCGAGGCCAGUGUGGGAAAUGCUCACUCAAUGCAUUUGGUUUGACUGCCGCGAUGCCCGCGACCGAAUCUUUGCACUCCUCUCGAUGACUAGUGAAGGCAACGCGGAGAAAAUACCUGCUCUUGUGUUGCCUGAUUAUACAAAGUCCGUCAUCGAAGUGUAUCGGGACGCUACACUCUAUUGUCUCACAAAUACGUGUAAGCUGCAAUACCUUGGAUAUGCUACACCAGCCGAAGGCGAAGACAAGUUAUGUACGUGGGCGAUGAACUUGGAAAGAGAUUCGGUCCUAACACAAGUGUGUUGGGGCAACGCGGCUUCCUAUGACACCGCGGCAGCUUUUGAGGAAUCCUCCAAUCCUGGCGUGUUAAGUUUACACGGCAUCGGUGUCGCAACAGUUGGCGUAGUUUCGUCUCAGAUUUCCGAUCCAAGGGCAGCGGGUUGGAUUGAUACUGAUGCCUUGAGUAAAUUCCUCCUCUCUACCGAUGUAGUUAGCCUUCGCGAGAAGAAAUCUGCGGAGGAAAACGCUGAAGACGUUGCCAAUGCUUUAUUCGCAGGCUGGAUACCUUUUUUGCAGAAACUUCGAGGUAGUAACGAAUGGCACCGUGAACCUUUGAUCAAGAUGUUGGGUGGACUGUUGCGUGGUACGAUCAAAACGCUGCCGGGAAAUGAGAAACGGGUUGUUGAACAUCUUCUGUGGUGGAGUAGAAGUCGGCGAGUCUUUUGUACUUUGGACGGUCGUGUUGGUCUGGGACCCCCAAGUUUGAAAUGCGGUGAUGAGGUAAAAUGUCUUUUGGGAUCACCAGUCCUGCACGUGCUUCGGCCUUUAGGGGACCAUUUCGCAUAUGUUGGAGACUGCGCUAUUGAUGGCUUAAUGGAUGGACAAAUUGUUCGGAGUUUCCUGAAAGAUCAAAGAACAGAAGAGUUGCCACGCUGUGGAAUAGAAAUUACUGAAGAUUCUGCCGGGCAGAACCUACGGAUACGCCUCACUGAACACCUGAAGAAUCUUGGUGUGACAUCGAUCUUUAAUAUCAAGUGA